CUCUGAGCCGGCAGGGAUGUUUCGCUCUAUUCCCUCCCGGGGGCAGAAACGGAGCGGGGGCUGCGCACAUGGGAGCCGCCAUGUUGUACGGCAGCUAUGCGGACGGGGGAAGGGGUGUCCUGGAAGAGCGGGUUCCGGUUCCGCUUGGGCUGGCUGGGUUGGGAGGAGGGGCUGCCGCUAGUUGCUUAGCCUGGCGAGUAGGAGCCUCCCCUCCUAGCUCUGCAGAUCCAGCUGGACCCCAGUUCUCCAGGCUUCACACUCUGACCCCCCGGGGACUGGCUCUCAUCAGGGUCUCGCUGGGGCUGGCAGUGGGGGGUGGAGGCAUGUCUGGCUGUCUGCCACAGGAGAUUAUUUUCCACCCCCUCAGCAAGCCCCCUUCCUGGCUUUUGGUCUCUGUCUCAGAUUGCUGAGUCUCUGUGGUCCUGAUUCUCUCUUUUCUGGGGGACUGAGCUAGCAUGUCGCUCCAUCCUCUGACUGGGCAGUGAGAAGUGGUUCAGAUGCUGGUACGAGGAGGGACAUCCAUCUAAUACCUCCUCUCAUGCCUUGUCGCUUGAUGCCCCAGCCACUCUCCAAGCUCCUGCUGUAACCCAGGGCUGCCGCGACCAUUCCCAGUUCCCUGCCUCCUCAUGGCUCGUGUGUUGGUGUGACCCAGUGGAUGGGCCCAGCACUAAGAUGCCUGUGUCCCUGUGAAGGCUUCGCCAGCAGCCUGCCUGCUGAGGAAGACCUGAUACUGCCAAAGGGAGGAGUGGCGUGGGAGCCCCAAAAUGGAGAACUCAGACCAGCGGCUGGUUCUAGGUAUGAACGUGGGGGAUGGGCGCCAGACGCCUCCUGGGGAGCUGCGGACACCCACGCAGGAGGGUGAGGAGCUCAGGGCUCCUAUCCCUGAGGAUGUCUGCAGUGGUGACGAAACCAAGAUGCCGUCAAGGGAACAGGAAGACGUGGAGGAAGAGUUGGAUCCCAGGAUACAGGAGGAGCUGGAGCAUCUCAACCAGGCCAACGAGGAGAUCAACCGGGUGGAACUGCAGCUGGAUGAAGCCAGGACUACAUACCGCAGGAUCCUCUCUGAAUCCGCCAGGAAGCUCAACACCCAGGGCUCCCAACUGGGGAACUGCAUUGAGAAAGCGCGUCCAUACUACGAGGCCCGUCGCCUGGCCAAGGAGGCCCAGCAGGAGACACAGAAGGCAGCGCUGCGGUACGAACGGGCAGUCAGCAUGCACAAUGCUGCCCGCGAGAUGGUCUUUGUGGCAGAGCAGGGCGUCAUGGCCGACAAGAACCGUCUCGACCCUACCUGGCAGGAGAUGCUCAACCAUGCCACCUGCAAGGUGAAUGAGGCGGAGGAGGAGCGGCUGCACAGCGAGCGGGAGCACCAGCGUGUCACCCGGCUCUGCCAGCAGGCCGAAGCCAAGGUGCAGAGCCUGCAGAAAUCCCUCAAGCGCGUCAUCGUAAAGAGCAAACCCUACUUCGAGCUAAAGGCCCAGUUCAACCAGAUCCUCGAGGAGCACAAGGCCAAGGUGACGGGGCUGGAGCAGCAGGUCUCCCAAGCCAAAAUGCGCUACUCGGUGGCGCUUCGUAACCUGGAGCAGAUCAGCGAGCAGAUCCACGCCCGGAGGCUGCAGCGCCUCAUCCAACGCCGGGCCUCACCGGUAGGGGCGGAGGCGGGGGCCGGGCUGGGCGCUGAGUGCCCCCCCACGGACACGCUCUCCAUGCUCAGCCUGCAGACCAUCGCCUCCGACCUGCAGAAAUUCGACUCGGUGGAGCAUCUGCUGGGGCUGUCGGACGCCACCAGUCUCAACAACGAUGAGCUGGAGGAGCAGGAGCAGCGCCGGGGCGGACAGAGCCAGUUCAAGCACCACCGCAGCGUCAGCCUCUAACCCACCUCCCUGGCCCUUCCCCUUGGCAAGCCCAGCCGGAAGCGGCUGUGCCAGCAGGGUGAGGAGGGAGUACUGUGGCUGGAUGCUGCGGCACUGAGGGGGAGCAGCCUUUCACGGAUCCGCAAAGCACCGCUGCUUCCUAAGGGGGGGCCCAAAGACACUGCACCUCCUGGGGGUGUUACUCAUCCUCUCCUCUCCCCCCCCUUUCAUGAGUGCCCUCUGACACUACACCUCCCAGGGGCCAUUGCUCAUCCCCUCCCCUGCAGGUGAGUGACACUGUGCUGGGUGACCCCUGACACUACACUUCCAUGCAGGUGUUGCUGUACUGACACAAGUAGCAUGGAGGCUGCUGAUUCCAGCCAGCAGGGCUGUCUAGGUCCCCUGGGGCAGGGCUCCAUGCUGGAGCCAGGAGCAGACAUGGCCCUUUGCUGGAGCGGGGUCACCUGCAGACCCCGCUUCCAGCAUGCACUGAUCAGAGCACCCAGUUCCCUUGAGCGCCGCAUGCUGGCAGCUGGGGUCUCCCCAGAGAAAAGACAACAGCACCUCUGGUUUUAUGCACACUAUUCGUGGUCUGCUGCCUUUGCUGACCUGGUCUCCGGCACUGCUGCAUGUCCUGGGGAGGGGGAGUGAAACUAGCUGCUGUCUGACAGACUACAUUCCUGGUGGAGGCACAGGCCCUAGCUUGGGGCUACUGCAUGUGUACAUCCUGGGGGACAAGGCGGGAGCUAUGGAACAAGGGCCCUAUAGUGUCAGCUCUCUGAUAACUACAACCUAGUUCUUGUCCCCAAGCACAGGUUGGUGAGGGCUGCUGCUGAGACAUAAAGAUGGCCUGGAGCCAAUGCCCUCUCCUAGUGCAAACACAGACUGGGUCAGUCCCCUCUGCCUAUCCUGUGGAGCCUGCAAUGCUCACUGGGUGGGUUGCUCGUUCACCUCCUGCAAUGUAACAGGGAUGCUCCUGUGAGAAUUUGGGUGCUUGGUGCCUGGGGUUCAUCUCUCAGUGGCAGAGAUUACAGGAGCAGCCAGUGCAAACUUUAUAGCCUUCCCCGCUGCUCAAAGGCGGCUGGGCUCAAAGAUGCCUGGAGUCUGCCCUCUGAGCAGAACACCUUCACCCGAAAGGUGGCAAGGAGCUGAUUCCUUCCCCGACCAGCAGGUGGCACCAGAUGGUUCACCCUGGGCAGCUCCUUGUACUCUUACCUAGCCUGGUUCCUCCAGAUUCCUUAGGUCAAAUCCCCCUCAACUCUUCCUUUAUAUUGAGACAAAUAAGUGUCAAAGGUGCGUGGAAAGUAAUUUGCACUAAUUGGUGUGGGGAGGCCUUGGUGUCUGUUGGGAGGAAGAGCUCCUUGUGCAUAUCCUCUGUCCCGCAGCCCACUUUGGGCUCAUCUGUAUCCCCUGUGGUCUCCCAGGAGCCAGGGUUGCCUUCUCUCUGGGUGAUGGGUGCCCCUCUUGGUGGGGGGGCUGUUGCUGCUGUGCCCUGGUGUGGUUUCACUCUGCUGUGGCUGUGGUGAUAACUCUGACAGUUUGAGGCAGCCCAGUGGAUCUGUAUGAGUGAGUGGCUGUGCUGUGUAUUUUCUUUAAAAUAAAGAUGCCCCGUGGAGA